UCAGGCUGAGUCAUCGUCAGUCAGUCAAUAAGUACAUCGAUACAAUGCGCAUUUUACUGAGUCUCGAACUAAACACACGGGUGCUCGCGACAGCUCAAAACACUGAAAGCUAAUCUGUGAACGUGUGUGGCUUCUCAAAUAACUGUAGCGAGAACAUUUAACCUGUUCCUGUCAUAACUGCUUGGAACACUGUUGUCACAGGCGGGGCAAUGAAUCUGGAGAUUGAGGACAGAAAGCUAAACUCACAGUAAGAAGAACAAAAGAGUUUCCUUUUCUCAGCUCAGUUUGUCAAGGCACGUCACAAUCAGAGAGUCACACCUUCAGGUUUGAUUAAACCAAGACAAUGGACACCAGGGCACAAUUACAGAAGCUACUGUCAGAGUAUGUUGUGGACACGUUCCGCUACAUUCAAACGGUGAGAGACUUCUGUAACAAAGAGUAUAAAUGGACCCUUCAGAGAGAGACAGAGCUGGAGAAGAUGAGAGACAUCAAGGACCAGGCAGACAAAAUCAGUCUUGGGUUUGACCAUGUUCAGCGCUCAGAUAAUAAAUCCAAGGCUUUUGGGGAGUACAUGUGGAGUGGUUUAACUCGGGUCACUGCUGACUCCAAAAAUCAGGAGCUGGAGAAAGAGCUGGGUGCCGUCCUGAAGGACACACUCGAGGGGCUGGAGAAACUGGACCACUUCUUGGAUGCUGUGGAGAAGCUAACAGUCACAUCGUUAUUUGUCUUCACUGGGCGGAGUUUCCUACCUAAAGGAGAGAGCCCUGAAAGUGUGCGAGCGGUCAUCACAGCUGCCAGAAUGGCCUGUCCUCUCCUCAUCCACUUUAAGCGAAAUGCAGAAACCUUCUUCCUUCCUAUAAUCAGUAAUGUGGAUGUCCUUGCCUUUCAACUGGACAAAUACAUACGCACCACACAACAGCUUUGUGAGCGACUAGAGAAAAAAUCCAAGAGUGUUUUGUGGUCUGAUGGCUUCCAUGAAUGGAAGAAGGGUGAAGUUGUGAAGUUCAGUUUGAACAUAAGUGAGAACUCCAUGCAAAAAAUGCUUGAUCACUUGAAACAGUUGUGGAAAAUAAGGAUGGACCAGCACACCAUGCUGACAUACAUUUUUCAGAAAGACACUCUGCAUUUCAUUGGUUUAUUCAGUCAGCGACGCUCUAGAAUGGAACAGUUCCUGUCAGAUCUGGAGGAGAGUGCGGUUCAACUGGACCGGAUGAAGAUGGGAGCCAGUAUCUCCACUGUGGCUGGAAGUUCAGUGGGGGUAGCAGGGGGCGUCUUGUCUAUUGUUGGUCUUGCUCUUGCCCCUGUCACUGCAGGAUUGUCUUUGGCUCUCACUCUUACAGGGGUUGGUCUGGGGGUGACUAGUGGUGUAAAUAGCCUUGUCACAGGCAUCACUGAAGCAGCAGUCAAUAAUCACCAUGGAAAAAAUGCACAAAGCAUUUUCCAGAGAUACAUGGAUGAUGUGCAGAAGAUUGUAGACUGUCUGGAGAAGGCCAGCAGUAUGGAGCGUUUAGAGGGGCCAGAUGUAGUCGAUAUGUUUGGAGCUGGGAAAUUGAUUGCCCGUGCUGGAGGAGUGGCCAAAGGUAUUGAUAUCUUGGUGGAUACAGCUUCAGCUGUUAAAGCGCUCAAAGGGGAGGAAGUGAUUUCUACUGUAACCAAGAUAGGGCUCCAGGAGGCACAAAGUGCACGCAACAUUCCCAAGCUUGCUGCAGACCUGCCUGACAUUGGGCAGCUGGCAAAAGGGACGCCGCUUGCACUCUCAAAGUCUGCUAGAGUCGGAUUUAUCACUUUAAAUGCCCUCUUUAUUGGCCUAGAUGUCCUUUUUAUUUGCAAAGACAGUAUAAGUCUGGCAAAUGGCAGCAAGAGUGAAGCUUCUCAGCUCAUCCGCUCUAGAGCAGCUCUGUGGAAAUCUGAGUUGGAGGCCUGGCAGAAGAUUCAUGAUUCCUUAUGCAUAGGAAUAUGGAGAUUUAGGAAGAGCCAGGAAGUUUUGGAGAAACUCUUCCGUCCUGAGAUAUUUGAUUGAGAGAUUUUAUAAAAUUGUAAUAUUAAAAAAUACUUCUCAAGAUCAAAAAUAGUUAAGAGUAUUCAAUAUUUGCAUUCAAAAUAUAUGUUUGCAUCAAUACUGUAUAUAGGGGUCCUCGACACCAACAGUAAUACCCUUGAUUUAUGGCUCCUGGUAGUUACAUUUACAUUUAUGCAUUUGACAGACGCUUUUAUCCAAAGCGACUUACAGAGCCCUUAUUACAGGGACAAUCCCCUGGAGCAACCUGGAGUUAAGUGCCUUGCUCAAGGACACAAUGGUGGUGGCUGUGGGGAUCGAACCAGCGACCUUCUGAUUACAAGUUAUGCGCUUAGCCCACUACGCCACCACCACUCCUUAAUUAAUCCUAAUUAAUAGGAUAUUAUAAUUUAAAAGUCAAUAUACAUUAGUGGAGGUUUAAGCUUGUAACCCUUUGUUCUUGUAUACACAUGAUUAAAAAUGUCAAAUCACAAAUAACUAAUAAAAAGAUGGA